AUGGAGUCUACUACAGACCCUACCACGGAGACCACCGUGGAAUCUAACGACAGCCCUCUCAGCAACCUCGAUCUGUGGUGCGACUGGAGUGGUUCCCCAGAAGACCCAGUGUCUGUCACAAUCGCCAUGGAGCUCCGGGCUCGUCACCCGAACCUCAAUUUACCAAUCCUCAAUGUCCAGUCUCAAUACACUGUCAAACCCCCGUCUUGGGUGCUCCGGCUGAAGCCUGACUUCGCCGACUAUGACACCCCAUCCGAGAAAGAAGCUUCGCGGACUGGCCAUCGCGAUAGUAAUGAGACUGAGAGAUAUCCUGUCAAUAACGGCUCUAUCUCUGACUCUGGGAGUGUUGUUGUUCAUGACGGCUCGUGGGAUGAUGACCCUAUCUCUCGACAGACUGUGGAUAUCUCGGAGAUGUGCACCCAGGUUGAGAGCUCGGAUAACCCAGCCUCUACUAACCUUCACGAGAGUCAGAGUCAGGUCAACAGCCUUGGUAGCCCGAACUCCAACCCUCGGAAGAGAUCCGCCAAGGCUGCUUCUCUCCCUGACUCAAUCCCUUCUGAGGAUGAUUACCAAAGCACCCGUCACAAGCUUAUGAUGACCAAGAUCGACCCGUUCGGACCGGAACCUGCGUCACAAGACACCGCCACCACGGACAUCAUCAGCUCCAGCCCCAUUGGCAGGCUUUCUGUCAGUCAAGACCAAUCCAGCGUGAUCAAUGAGAACAUCCCACCCCAAGACAUCCCUUUGCCCCAAGAGUCGGCCCCUACUCUUCUGUCAGAUUCCCUGGCUGCAUCUGAGCAUCUUUCGCUAAACGGAAAGGGAGCGACGGUUGACAAUGGAAAUAUACCUGAUGAAACCCCUCUUCGGGGCAAUGCGAACACUCCCAGCAAGUUUGACUUGAGCGGUACCGAACCACUCACCGAAGCGAACUUGCUCCAUCGAGAUUAUGAUACGCUUUCUACUCGUGUGUGCAUCGGAAGCCUUUCUGCCACCGAAUAUAGUGACAAAGAGAAGGAGGAUCUGCUUAUUUCUCUUGAUUCACUCGCAUCGUCAUCGCACUCGGGCCGUGAUGAACUGCCUCUGCCCCGGACGUCCGCGGAACUUGCCAGCGUACCCAGGCUCGUCUUUGACAAUGACAUUAUUUACGUACAGACCCCUCCCGUCGUCUACCAUGCCACAUACCAAAUCGCGAUUUCUCUCAAAGUCAGGCUGCAGAAAGGAAAAUCGAGGGGUUGGUGGGAGUUGGUUGUGAGUGGGCUGCCUCGACUCGCCCAAUCCGAGUCUUGUUAUCUCUACUUCCGAACACCACCAGGCCAGGGGAUGGAAUUUAUGACUUCAUCUUUCAAACGGCAUACACUCGUGGAAAGCUGCUUGAUGGCCCAGUUCGAUGGUGGAAAAUGCCUCGUGGUUCCGUUCCGUAAGUGCAAUGCAGAAUUCUACGGGCCACUCAAGGACCACAAGGUCAACGCAGUCAUACGGGCCGAGGUGGAAGAAGCCGGUUCGUCGUACACCUAUCUGAUCAAGUAUACUACUGUCUGCUCCAUUGAUCUCAUCAAUCACAAUUUCUGGGCCGAGAAGUGCAAAUUUCGCCUUUUUGUACAUGGUGGCCCGGAAGGCGAGUUCGAGGCCAAUUUCGAAGGACAGAAGCCUAUGGUAAACGCCAUUUGUCUGCCACCGGUGCCAGAUGUAGAUGAAAUUGGUGUCUCGUGCAUCAAUAUCACCAGCAUCCCCCAAGCUCUGGACAUGUUCACGGUGUCAUGGGAAGUCAAGCUGCCACGAGGAAAAGCUCUCACCUGGUUGCCAUGGAUUAAGACCAGGAUCAGCUACACUGAUGUUGAAUCCAUUCUCCAAGAAGAUUACGCCCUUCUUGGCCCCAAGCAUGGAUAUCUCUCUCCGAAGCGCGAGAAGCUUGAUACUAGGUGCCAAAAUCCAUGUUGUGAACUGGGAGUUGAGCUUAACCAUUUUAAGCCCCCAGUUGAGAAAACUCCAUAUUCCCAUGAUCUUUUCGGCAUUUGCGAGUCUGGAACGUUUACUCCAUUUCCCAUUGAUCCAACUUCCAAGUCUACAGCUGAGACCACAGUUAUGGAAACUCCACCUUCAUUUCUCGAACGUGAAGUUCUUCCCCGGUCUAAACUGUCUGGGCCUCGAUUUGGCAAAAGGCUAGCUUUCAAGUCUGCAAGUACACAGACCUUCGUUGGGGAGAUUCCAGCUCCCAAGUCUACAAAUACCGAGACUCGAGCUGCCGAGCCAGAGUCAAAGAAGCCACGCCGAGCUGUACGUCGACUGUGGAUUCUGUUGAAGUUCGUUUUCCACCUCUUCGCUUUCUUGGCGUCCAUUCACACCCUCUACUGGUCGUAUCUACUGCAUAACUGUGGGUUCCGGUAUGACCCGCUUGCUCUUCACGCUUCGUGCCCCCAAAACGAAGUGUAUGUCUUUGUCGACCACGCGAAGAAUUCUACCAAUACUGACGUUGGGGAAGAGGCGGAAACGGUCCUGACGGAAUUUGGUCUUCAAUCUGAGCUGAUUCGAUCCGAAGCUCAGCAGUCUGUCAACACCACACCUGCCGACGUCACCCCAAUGCCCCUGAGGGACCGCAUUGAUUACCUUCUCGGAUGGCGAGGACCAAUUCCACGCUAG